AUGCCGCAAAUGCCCGAGGACUUGAUGAAGGCAGCUGACGCUGCCAUUGCAGAUCUGGCUCAGGAUGAAGCAGAGAUGGAUGCAGAGUUUCUCAAGGGUCAACAAGCACUUCGACAAAUGCAAAAAGAAGCUAAGCAAGCGCAUGAGGACCCAGAUCGUGCUUAUGCUGAGGAGGUCGACGAACAUGGAGCAGAAGGGAAACCGAGAUCGAGAGGCCGUGGCAAAGGUCGUGGAAAGGGCCGCGGGCGAGGUCGUGGAAGAAAAGCCAAAGGGGAUCCACCAAAGGGAUCUGGGAAAGCCGACCCUGAAAGCAUGGAAGCUGGAGAGCGUGAGAAGGAUGAGGAGGAUGUGGAGGAGAAUGAGGCCCUACCUGCUGGGAAAAGGGCCAAGACCAAGCAGCUACCACGCAAGCGGGCUACCAGUAAGGAGGGGGAUGCUGAUCCACAUGCAAAGAAGGCCAAACCAGACUCUUCGGCAGCAGCUGCUCGUCAGGAUGAGCAUGAGGACUGGUGCAUCUCCAUUGACAAGAAGGAAACAGCCAAUGACAAACGUGAGAAGGACAAGGAGGAUCUGAAAGCAAAGCAAGAGACGGUUCGCCCUUGGGUUUGGUGGAUUACAUUUCGCAAUUGCGCAAUGGUUCAGCUCAGGUAA